AUGCAUACCGCUGCUCUCUUCCUUGCCCUCUCCCUCUCCGCCCAUGCGGUGCCUGUCCUCAACGCUCGUGGAAAUGACACUGUCGAGCGUAGAGAAGAAGGCCCUUACAAAGUCGUGAAUGUUGCGGGUCCUACUACUCCCGUUGUCGAGACCAUCACUGCGACCAACCCUCCGGCACCGCCUACCACUAUCACUGUCACUGAGUACCCUUCGUCCACACCAGCUUCUGUGCCUGGCGCUUCUCCCUCACCUUGGAAUGCCGGGCCUAACGUGGGUGGUGCUCCGCUGGGUCGCCGCGACACCAACAGCAGCGCAAGCGCACUGAGCCGACGUGCGAUCCGACGUGCGAUGUUCGAGGAGAAUGCCCCUACCAACAACACUGCAAGCCGACGUGGCAUCCUUGACGAUGCUAGCAACAGCACCUUGAGCCGACGUGCGAUGUUUGAGGAGAGUGCCCCUACCAACAACACUGCGAGCCGACGUGGAAUCCUUGACGACGCCACCAACAGCACUCUGAGCCGCCGUACGAUGUUCGAGGAGGAUGCUCCUACCAACAGCACCCUGCGCCGACGUGCUAUGUUCGAGGAGGAUGCCCCUACCAACAGCACCGAAAAGUAUGUGAUUGCCGCUCGCAGCAACACCACUUCCGAAGUUCUGGCUCGUAGCCUGAAUGAGACCGCCGUGCAGACUCGGCAGCUCAAGGAUGCCCUUGUUUCCGAGCACCACAAUGCCAGCGAUAUCAGUGGCAAGUUCGGGAUUAUGGCCCGGGAUACUCAGAAGCCCGAGAACGCCACUGAUAUUGGCAGCAAGGUUGCAGUUCACGCCCGGAACGAUACAGUUUUGCAGGCCCGGGCAUUCAAUGACACACCCUCUGACACCGCCGUCAUGUCUUCCAGGCCCCACGCCAGGGGCCUGAACUACACAGACUCUCAGGCGUAG